AGAGGGCAAGGCGUUGCAGUAAUGAAAAAACAAUGCAAUCCAUGAACUCACAGACACAGAAUCCGCUACCGGGUUUUGGGCUGUCAAAUAAAUAGGCUUUCUAGUCUACAUCCAAUAUUACCGCGUACCACAAUCUACAGCCCAAGGUUAUAUCUAAUCAAUUCCGAAACACAUCGAACAGCUGAAUAGUAGUGUAGUAGUUGUAGGGCAGGGACGUGUUUGAAUAUUGGGCAAUGGCCUCGUUUGCUCGUCAUUUGUGAAACUGAAGAGUGAUCAACAACUCCUCUAUUUGAAAAGUAAACACUGAAAAAUGGGUAAUUUGCUUCGUCUCUUGUCACGCGAAGAAGGAACUUGUUUUUCUCCUCAACGAUACGAUUUAUUCCUUGAUUUUGAAAAUGCUCAACCAACUGAAGGUGAAAAAGAAAUGUUCCUUGAAGUUGAAGCUGUGCUGAAGAAAGGACAGCUAAUACUCAAUGAAAUCAGUCAGUAUCGAGGAGCCAGCAAAGAAAUAAGAGAGGCAAUUAGCAACCCAGGGGAAGAUUACCAGGAAAAGGCAAGAGAUGCUGUGUUCCCACUUGUCCAGCAAUUACGACGAUACUAUGAUUUUUCAUUAGAUAUUGAAAAAGUUGUUCCAAAGAUUCUUUCCCAGUUGUGUUCUGGUAGCAUGAGCCCUACCCAACACCUAGAGAAACAACAAGCACUGGUGAAGCAGUUUGCGGAAAUUUUAGAAUUCGUCUUGAAAUUUGACGAACAUAAGAUGACAACUCCGUCUAUUCAGAACGAUUUCAGUUACUAUCGACGAAUUGUUUCGAGACAUAGCUUGUCUGGGUCGAUAAGCGACGAACAAGAUCUUUUUAAAACUACUGAAAGCGACGAACAAAUCAGCUCAGCGUUAGCAAGUCAUAUGUCAUUAUUCUACGCCCAGCCCACACCAAUGCUCAAAGUGCUUAGCGAGGCCACAAUGAAAUUCGUCGCGGACAAUAAAGAUAUUCCCGUGGAAAACACAACGGAAACGCUGAGUACUAUGGCAAGCGUCUGCCAGAGUAUGCUGAAAGAUCCGGACUUGAUUGCUCGAUUUAUGCGCGAAGAAACGUACCUGUUUGUGCUACGAGUCAUGGUUGGUCUCGUUAUUCUCUACGAUCACGUUCAUCCGGUCGGUGCUUUCCAAAAAUCUUCCAAUGUCGAUGUUAAAGGUUGUGUUCGUGUGCUCAAGGAGCAGCCGAGUUCCCGUUCCGAAAGUCUUUUGAAUGCUUUGCGAUACACUACACGUCAUUUGAAUGACGAAUCUACUCCUAAGCACAUAAAAACACUUCUAGCGUCCUAAGUUACUGAUGUGUAACGCAUCAUCAUUCUCUCUCUGUGAAAUUUCCUGGUCAGUUCGCGCUGCAACCGGUUAACCAUUUUUUUUUUCUUUUUUGCGUAUUUCGUACGGUCCAAUGUGAUCUAUUUGGAUGGCCGUGAAUUAAUUGUCGCUUUUUAACCGUUCAACCUGCCAAUCCCUAGCUGAAUUGUAAUAGUAAAAUCUACUCCCUUUUUUCUCUCUUCAACAAUCAUCUUCAAAUUCACCCCCAUUAUUCAUGUUUUGUUUUUUUUCAUGUUCCUCGAGUCUGAAGUAAAAAAAAAAGAACGAGUAAUUUUUGCUCUUUGCUGGUGCCGUGUUUGUGCUCAUUUUUGACCACAUCGAAAAUCGUUUCACCUCUAGUCGUCGAGGACAGAGAUUCGCGUGUUUGUUUCCAGCUCACGAUGCAAGAAAAAAGGAGGCGUGUUUCAUGAAGAGAAAGAGAACAACAAUUAAUAUUGAUCAAGAGAAACUAAUUGUCUAUGUUUUAAGUGUUACGUAGUCGAUAUCCCUGUGCCAUCCAUUGACCACUCUGACAACAAACAAAAAAAAAUAAUAAUAAUUUGGACGUGUGUAGAUUUUGCAUAACAAAACACUUAACAAAAAUUUGGUCCACGCAUGUCCAACAUCGUAACGCACCCCUCCCCCUUUUUUCUGUUAAAAAAAAAGUAAACAAAACACAAAUACAUACUCUGUUGGUUGAAAA